GUUAAAUGCCCGGUCGGCACCGAAGUAUUACAAGCAACUCCAGAAACUAAUCAGAGUGAGAGGCUGUGUACCUCAACAGGUUUUCAACACCAAGGAGAUGAGUUUGUUUUGGAAGUGAAUGCCUUCGUGUACUUUUAGGGGAAAAGGAAAAAAAAAAUCCAGAAAUCUUAGGGGAAGCUAAGGACAGGAUUUGCCCAUUUUUUGUGCCAACGCCGCAGGUGACAAAAAGAUAAAAAUCAUUGCUGCAAGACCCUAAUUCCACUUGUCUUUUGGCUAAAAGAUUAAAAAUGCCUUCCAGUUUUCUGGCGAUCAGGUCUUCCAUUUGGAUUGGUUUCAUGAUUCUUUUAUCAUCAAGCCCAGAGUUAUUUAACAGAAGAAUCAUGAAUUCAGAGUGUUGCUAAUUUUAGAAGUCUCAAUCACCCAGACUCAUUCUUUGCUCAUCCUAAUGUGAUACUGUGUUUCUUCCUGGAAGACACUAGCUAUCAUCAGCCCUUGGAUCAGGGUAUAAUUGAAGCAUUCAGGAGGUAACCAUGCCAAGCAUGUUUGAUCACUUUGCUGACUAUAUUGGGAAAAACCCUUGCCUUACUUUGAAAGGAACAUGGCAACAGUACAAAUUUUGGUAGUGAUAAAAGGGAUAAUGGAUGAUAUAAAACCAGCUGCUAUUACUAAAACCUGGUGGAAACUUUGGGACGAUGUUGUGAAUGAUUGUACAUAUUUCCCUAGAAGAAAAGAAAAAAAUCAAGAGUCUGCAAGAUGAAUGGGCUUUAAAUUCAUUGGUAUCGACGAAAGUGAAAUUAAUGAGCUACUCAAAAGUUUGGGCAAUAAGUGAGAGUCUGUUGCCCAAAUAGACUUAGAUGAGGAAGAAGACAAACCCCCCAGAACCAGAGGUAAAGAUGAACCUAAGGAAAUCUAAUGUUUUCUCCGACCUUGAUGCUGCAACUGACAUGGAUGGAUCCUUUUCUGAAUCGGAGUUUGGCUAACUUUAAAAAAGAUUUUAGUAAAUUAUUGUAUACCUAUAAAGAGGUGCAAAAGAACCUUCAAAAUAAAGGCGUUGAAGAAAAGGAAGACAGAGGAAAUGUGGGUGAAGGAGAUGGAUACAGGAUCUGAAGGGAGUCUGAAUGUUAACCUGAGCUUGUCUAAAUCUGGUAAGGGGAAGCAGGUAGAGAGAAAGAAAUUGGAAGAGCUUGGACCCUCAAGCAGUGGCACUGAGAAUCUUAACUUUCUGGAGAGUCUGCCAAAACCUUAAAUGCAUGAUUGGACAUUUGGAAUCUAACCUUGGAAUUAAAUCUGGAAAGAGUAGAGGUGCCUGAAUUGAAGGAGAGAAUCCAGAGGCAGUUUCUUCCAAAUAUAACAGUUUAUCUCUUGCCAUCCUUCUCCUGCUGCCCCAAUGUCACCAUCAUGACCAUCCUUAUUAUCACCAGACACACAUUUGUAUCAUUUAGUCAUUCAACAAACAUUGACCUUAAACUGUGGGAUGUUGUGCUAAACUUGAGGACAUCAUCUCAGGAUCUAAGCUCCCCAUAGUUGAUGUUUAAUGUCCCAAGUGCCUAGGGGAACAGAGUACUGUGGGAUUAACUCUGGGAAAGGCUGCACAGAGCCCUGGCCUGGAAAGAUAAAUUUCUUAAGCCCAUACUCCCUGUCAAAGUUGUGAAGUGCCAGGAAUACAGAAAUGACUGAAUGGAAGAUCUCAUGAGAUGGAAGACUAUGAGUUCGUAUGAGAGUUUCAAUACAUUUUAGAUCCUGGCAGCGUCUUUCCUGACAUACCCUAUGCUCAGGACCCUUAGCCUGCAGCUCCGUUCAGCUGUCACCGGCAGCUAUGUCUCUGGCACUUACUCCAUCGUCUUUGUCAACUGUCCCAAUGAGCAAAUUGCCAGAGAUAUUGCCAGGGCUAUACUGGAUAAGAAGCUGGCUGCCUCUGUGAACAUCCUGCCCAAGGCAUCCUCACUGUACUUUUGGAAUGGAGAAAUAGAAGAAGCCACUGAGAUCCUGUUGUUAAUAAAGACAAAGACUUCCAAGGUCCAUGUGCUGUCCAGCUACAUCAGGUUGGUGCAUCCUUUUGAAAUCCCAGAGGUCUUCAGUGUUCCCAUGGACCAAGGAGAUGUGCACUAUUUAAAGUGGCUGGAGGAGGGCAUGAAGGAGGAUUGAGUGUGGGAGGCUUUCAGUGGAUCCUGCUGGCUGCUUCUAGCCUUCAUCAGCUGUACUCUGGGAAAAGGGAGGCUGCUUUCUGCCUCCUAGCAUCUCUGGAUUCCUGCGGUUGUCAGCAAAGAUGAGUUCAGUAACUUGUGGAGGCUGAAGGUCCAAGGGUCCCGAGGCUAGAGGAGGAGGCUGGGCCAGUCAGGCCAAGCAAGAGCCCACUGCUUCAGACUUAAAGAUGGCCAGGGGGUGGGAGAGCAAGGAUGGUUGUGUGUAGGGGACAAGAAGAGGUGGCUGUGAGGGUGAGGGCUGUCAUUUGCAGUCACUGUGCCUACUUUGAAUGUCUAGGCUAUAAUUACUCUCUUGGUUCUCAUGAGGAGGAAUGGACCUGGAAGUGUGUGGGAUGAAUGCCCCCUUCUAAGGGACCUGGCAGGUGCUUUAUUCAAAAGGAUGACUUGCUAAUGGUGCAAUUUCAGGGACAAGCAGGAUUAUUUCUCCCAGCUAAGGAUGGUGUUUGUUACGCCCGAGUCCUGACGAACUGGGUCUAGGGAUGGGCCUUGGGAGUGUAGGACUGGGGGAAUACUAGGGCUUAGACACAGCCUCAUGGGUUGGCAGUAGAUCUUGACUCUUUCCUAGCCUGACUGUGACAGACAGAAGAUUGUGCUGCCUCGCUCCGUGGAGACAUGGUUUCUGAGCCUAGCAUACUAACCUUUUCACUUGAGCAUCAAAAUUGAGCAUACUAAAGUGGAAAAGAACCCUGGGAAACUGCUAGACCGGUGGUUUUCAGACUUGCUCUACAGAGCCCCAGGGGUUGACAGAAGGUACCCAGAGGGCUGCCUGAGUGGGGAUAAGCGUAUGACCUCCCGUACUUCAACCAGUGCAACUGCACUUUUCUGAUUUUCAUGUAUUGAGCUCUCUUGUGAGAUUUGGAUUUUUUUUUUUUGUCAUUAUUUUCUUCGUUAAAAGUUUGUAAACCAGUGGUCUAAGCCAGUCUCCAUUUUAUAGAUUACCGAAGGAAAGUGAGACUCACUGAGGUCCAAAAAGGGGGUGGCAUGUUGAGUUAUGAAUGGUGCAGUGAAGGCUGCUUACCCCGUGUCUGGUGCUCUUCUAUACCUGUUCCACGGGUCCCAGGUGAAGGAGGGCAGGGAAAGCAGAGCCCUGUGGGGUGAGGAGAAGGACUUGACCUAGGCCUCCUCCAGGAAUUUGUCACAAGGUAACUCCACCCUAGAUAGCCCGUGAAUAGUUUGAGUGAGGGUCUACAGACAUCUGUGGUAUCCUGGCCUGCCUUCCCAGAGGGAAUGGCGUGUGGGAGGAGUCAUGGGAGGCCCUGGUUCUGACACCUUCUGCGCUUCUUGGACCUUAGUCCCUCCAACUAUAAAGUGAGGGAGGACCUCCAAGGGCGCUUCUUUGAAGACCUUACAGGGACUUCAGGCUGAAGCCCUUCCAGAGGUCCAGAGAAUUCUUUUUUGAUAGCCAGUGAGGAUUCUGGAGGGCUGCUUCAGGAGAAGAAUAAAGAGAAUGAUAAUCAUGAUGUCCCUUUUUAUAACAGAUGUUUCUGAUACAUAAGAAAAUCUUGUGUAAACACUACUAAAACUGUACUGGGGACCCCAAAUGGACUACCAUAUUACUUUCAGGAUAAAGUCCAAUUUUCUGGUCUGGAUUUCAAAGCCCAUCUUAACCUUGCCUCAGCUCACUUUUUCCGUCAUCACCUACCUCUCUCCUACUUCGGCAAGAGGAUGCCUCCAGUAAGCCGUGUGAUGUUCUCCUGUAUUCAGGCCUCCGCUCUGCCUGGAGUGCCCUUCUGUAUGAGUGCUUGUGAAAUCUGGCUGCUCCUUUGCAAGGUCUUGCUCUCCCCGUUGGAAGGACUCUCUCCUGCCUUGGUGUCUGUUAUCUUUGUGCAUCACCAUCGCCUUGUAUUUCUAGAUUGUGAGCUGCUUGAGGUUAGCAGCAUGUCUGAAUAUAUUUGUUUUUUUGCUCAGA